CAUAGGGUGAGAGGCGCGCGCAGGUAAGCUCGAGCUGAACUCUGUCAGCAGCACCUGGAUUGUCCUCGACUACAGGCCAUUGAGCAUGAUUAGCGGAAAUUUGGGCUUCUUCACAUGAUGACCUUCCUCAUCCUCGUCCUCGCUGAGCAUGGCGGAGUCAGAUGGUGUGGAGUUCUGUGCGAGUCGAGCUCAAAGCAGCAUGGCUAACAACAAGAACAGCACGCUCCGUUGUACUUUCUCGGCCCCCAGCCACAGCAACACUCUCCUGAGGGGACUGUCUGCUCUGCGCGAUCAAGGUCAGUUGUUGGAUGUGGUUCUGGCCAUUGACAACGAGCGAUUUGAGGUUCACAAAGCGGUUUUGGCCUCCUGCAGUGACUACUUCAGAGCCAUGUUUACUGGAGGAAUGAAGGAGUCAAACCAGAACACCAUCGAGCUAAAAGGUCUUUCAGCCAGAGGACUGAAGCACAUUAUUGAUUUUGCCUACAGUUCUGAGGUCACUCUGGACUUGGACUGCAUUCAGGAUGUUCUUGGUGCAGCCGUCUUCCUGCAGAUGGUGCCUGUGGUGGAGCUUUGUGAGGAGUUCCUGAAAUCAGCCAUGAGUGUUGAGACUUGUCUAAACAUCGGCCAGAUGGCCACUACUUUUAGCCUCUCGUCCCUGAAACAGUCGGUCGAUGCGUUCACGUUCCGUCACUUCCUGCAGAUCGCUCAGGAGGACGACUUCCUUCACAUUCCAAAGGAACGACUGGUUUUCUUCCUUCAGAGCAACAAGUUGAAGAACUGUAGCGAGAUUGACUUGUUCCACGCGGCAAUCCGCUGGCUGCAGCACGACGCGUCCAGACGAGCAGCGGCCAGCGAAGUGCUCUGUCACGUGCGCUUCCCGCUAAUGCGUUCAUCUGAACUUGUGGACAGCGUCCAAACUGUCGACAUCAUGGUGGAGGAUGUGCAAUGUCGACACUUUCUCCUAGAGGCCUUCAAUUAUCAGAUCCUUCCAUUCCGACAGCACGAAAUGCAAUCAUCGCGAACUUCCAUUCGCUCAGACGUCACUUCGCUGAUUACGUUCGGUGGGACGCCCUACACCGACAACGAUCGGACAGUCAGCGGCAAAGUCUACUAUCUAGCCGACAUCACAGUGCGACAGUUCAAAGAGUUGACUGAAAUGGAGAUGGGAUGCAGCCAUGCGUGUGUGUCGGUUCUGGACAAUUUUGUGUACGUCGUGGGUGGGCAGCAUUUGCAGUAUCGCAGCGGAGAGGGCGCGGUCGAUGUCUGUUUCCGCUACGAUCCCCAUCUGAACCAGUGGCUUCGAAUCCAAUCCAUGCAGGAGAGCCGUAUUCAGUUUCAGCUCAAUGUGUUGCAUGGACAACUUUACGCUACUGGAGGACGCAACCGGUCUGGCAGCUUGUCCUCUGUAGAGUGCUAUUGUCCGAGGAAAAACGAGUGGACUCAUGUGGAUUCCCUCAAGAGGCGGAUCUGGGGUCACGCCGGAGUGACGUGCGGUGAGAAACUCUACGUCUCAGGAGGUUACGGUGUGUCUGUGGAGGAUAAGAAGACUCUCCAUUGCUAUGAUCCGACUUCUGAUCAGUGGGACUUUAAGUGUCCCAUGAAUGAGCCAAGAGUCUUGCAUGCUAUGAUCAGUGUGAACAACCGUAUUUAUGCUCUCGGUGGCAGAAUGGACCAUGUUGACCGCUGCUUCGAUGUGCUAGCUGUAGAGUAUUACAUUCCAGAGACCGAUCAAUGGACAACAGUCAGUCCAAUGCGAGCUGGUCAAUCAGAGGCUGGGUGCUGUCUGCUAGAUAAAAAGAUCUUUAUAGUCGGAGGAUACAACUGGCACCUCAAUAACGUCACUAGUAUUGUGCAAGUUUAUAAUACAGAAACGGAUGAAUGGGAAAGAGAUCUUCAUUUUCCAGAAUCUUUUGCGGGAAUAGCUUGUACACCUAUUGUACUUCCUCAAACAACCACCCAGCGCUAAGCACAUAUUGCAUUUGCAUUUUGUUUAGGCUUACGGUUCCAGUCCACCCGGACUGAAGUGAAAGUAAUGGUUUAAUUAGCUUUGUCUUAUUGAAAAGCUAUAAUGUUAUGUCUUUGUUGUUGAAGCAUGCAUGAUUGAAGGUUUGUUCACAACGAUAUAAAAGCACACUUUGAGAAUGUGCAGCAUCUUUCUCAAGCAGUAUUGUCAUUUAAGGCCCUUCUUGUAGAUUGCCACGUUUAAUGUUAUUUGAGGGUUUUGCAAGUUCCUAUGGGUUUUGCACUGACGGCAGACUUGAAUAGCCCCACAACAUUCAAGCAAUGUCAUCACGUCUUUAUCUUUGUGAAUAUCCAACAUGUAUUCACAACACAACAUAAACUUCCAGAAGUAAGUGCAAGUUUAUAACGGCGAGACAGAUGAGUGGGAAAGAGAUCUUCAUUUUUUAAGAAUCUUUUGUGGGAAUAGUUUGUUACACUUAUUGUACCUCCCCAAACAACCCCCCAACGCUAAGCACAUUGUCUUUAUAUUUGAUUUUUGAGAAUGUAAAGCAUCUUUCUGCACACUUCUCAUGCAGUAAUGUUGUCUUUGGCCCGUCUCGUAGAUUGUCCCGUUUCAUACUAAUGAGGGUUUCAUACAACAAGUGCCUGUGGGAUUUGCAUUGAUGACAGACUUGAAUGGGCCAGCAACACUAAAGCAAUUUCAUCAUGACUUCGUGAAGGAUUUAUGGCCUGUUCUCAUGGUGUGAAUAAAUAAACUAAACUUUA